AUGAAUGUCUUCAAAGAUUUGAUCUUCGAUACAGCCUCCAUGAUGUUGAGACACCUGGAUACAGAGAAGACUGCACGUCUUCUCCGUCAGACCAAGAAAACAGCUUCAGCAAUGUUCUUAAAGCUGUCUCAAAUUGGAACCAUAAUACUAUCAGAGAAUGAUGUACAGCGAAUGUUUGGAGGCAUGUCAGUACUGAAUUCAAGCACUAUCUUGGAGGGUGAUUUGUUCAAGCACAGGAAGACACCAGGCCCGUCUCUACCCGGCAAUGCUCAGCGGUGGUUCAAGCCCCUUGAUCUGAUUCGCAUUUUUCGCCCACCUUUCACUGUUCAAUCCAAGCUUGAUUCAAGUAGAGAUGACGGUAAUCGUUUGCCAGAAGUUCGACGAAUUGCAGGGAAGGAAACGUCAACUUAUUUAAACAUGAGUAAACUGAUUUCUUGCGAUAUUGUUCCCGGUGAUAAGUUAAUGUGCCACUAUCUAAGCGGAACAUUUCAUCUUCUGACUGGGAUAGGCAAAUUGUCAAAUUCACCCUUUGAAUAUAUCUAUUUAAGUGCUAAGGUCUACGGUAUUUUACCACCUUACCUCCUCGAAUUGCCUUAUAUUUUGGUUAUUCAAAAAUUACUGGCUUUUAGCACAAGGGUUUUUGAUAUAGCGGGAGUGGAUUCCCUUAAAUAUCUUAUAAAAUGUGGCGUUAAAAGACAUCAAAUAUUUCCUAUUUCAAAAAACUGGAUGAAAGCAUCUCAUAAUCAGCUCGUUAAAUUCACAUUAAAAAUGAAUUGUGUUAUACCCAGCGCAUAUAAAUUUCGCGAUAUCUUAAGUGUGGUUAUUACAAAAUAA